UUCCAUUUCCAAGUUUCCAUGAGGCAUCUGGUUUCAGCAUCUCCCCGUGCAAAGGCUGUGCUGCAAGGUCCCUUUAAGGAAUCCACUCCGCAUGAGUCGGAUGGCCUUCUUCAUUGGGAGCUUGAACCUCUAUUUGACCCUAUAGCUUUCGAGAUAGUGAUGCGUAUCAUUCACGCACAAAAUGACAAUCUUCCCGAGGAAGUAACAAUUGAUUUGUUGGCGAACAUUGCCGCUAUUGUCGACGACUUGCAAUGCCGCAGAUCAGUUAGAAUCUUUGCCUCAUGGUGGGCUAGAAAGUUGGCAAUCCAGCCACCAUCAGAGAUAAACAUAGAUUUGGCACGAAGCAUUUUGAUAAGCUCAGUGUUUGGACUACAAGAACUGUUUGAAAGCUCAACUCUACAAGCGGUACUUGGCUCCAAUGGUAUUAUGCCAAUUUUUGAGCUGCCCAUUUCGUCUGAUACCUUAGGUGAGAAUAUUGCGACUGUAGAUUGCAAAUGA